CCUAAUCAUGGAGCUAAUUAUAUGUUGAAACUUCUGGGCUUAUAUUCUCCGGUACUGAUUAUUCAUCAUUUCUUUGCUUCAUCCAAUAUUUCUGGUACUAUGGACAUAUCUUUGUUAAAUGUGCUCUCCAAUGGCAUGUCCUCAUUUUUGCAUCCAUCAUUUUCAGAAUUGACAAAAAAAAGCUAUAUCAAAUUUAACAUGUGCUUGAGGAUGACCCUAGAUAUUGGGAAGUGAUGUCAUCUGCACUCUCAGUUGGUUGGCUUGAUAUUGUGGUGAAAAUGUUGUGGUUGCAUGGAUCUUAUCAACUAGAUCAGCUUAGUAAUCGUGAGUUAGAGAAUGGGCUUGUGGAGGCAGUUGCUGUUCUUAUUUCCAAAAUGCCCUGCCUAUGUCGUGAAUAUACUAAUGGAAAAUUAGGUGAACUCUUUAAAUCCAAGCCUGACUUCAUCAAGGUAAAGUUUGCAAUCCAAUACAUGCGAAGAGCGAUUCAAAAGCUUUUGGGUUGCACUGAAGAAAAUCCAGAAGAAGGGAAAGGGUGCUGCCUAAUUGUUCUAUUCUCAUACUUGUAUUUUGGAUGAGAUGGAAUGAGUCUUAUAAUGACUUUAGUUAUCUACAUCUAAUAUUUUGAUGUCUUGUGUACUUUUUGAAACGAGAUUUUACGUGUUAUUACAUGUAAUGGAUAAUUACACUAUUUUUAUUUGUGUUGUUUGGACUGAAAACAUAUCUAGCUUA